UCCUGUCUUGUACACACACAAGAAAGUGACCGUAGAAACAAUAACUCUGUAUCUGCUAUUCUCAUUUCACUUCUUCCACCUUCUUCUCUCCUAAGCCACCAAAAAAAAAACCAAAUAAUCUUAUACCAAUUGUGUUGAAUAAGAUUCAUUGAUUCAACCAUAAACAAAAGCUUUUGCUUUGCUUUUCUGUGAAGCUACUUUUUUUUUCUUUUGCUGUUGGUCUCCAUUAAAGCUUUCACCAGGUCCCAUUUGACACGAGAACUCUUUGCUUCUCACGGAAAAGUAAACCAAACAAACCAAAAAGUUUCAGUCUUUACCUUAUAUAAGUUCCUUUGUAUCAUUCUUCUCUUCAUCUAUACGGUAAUUAUGGUACCAUUCUUUGUAUUUUUGACUCCCUUACUUUUUGUUCUUAAAAAUAGUUUCUUUGUAUAUGGGAUUUUAGACCCUAUUGAUUUCUUGGCAUUACAAGCUAUUCGAAAAAGCUUAGAUGAUUUACCCGGUUCGAAUUAUUUUGCUUCGUGGGAUUUUACUUCUGAGCCUUGUAAUUUUGCUGGAGUUUACUGUGAUGGAGAUAAAGUGAUCGCAUUGAAUCUUGGUGACCCGAGAGCUGGAUCACCGGGUCUAACCGGAACUUUGGAUCCUUCUAUUGGGAAACUUUCUUCCCUUGCUGAGUUUACUGUAGUUCCGGGUCGGAUAACCGGUGCAUUACCCGAAAGUUUGUCUCAGUUGAAGAACUUAAGGUUUCUUGGAGUUAGUCGGAACUUUCUCUCCGGCGAUAUUCCGGCGUCAUUGGGUCAGCUCCGGGAGCUACAAACUCUUGAUCUUAGUUUUAAUCAGUUAACUGGAAAUAUUCCUUGGGCUAUUGGUGCACUUCCAGCAUUAUCCAACGUUAUACUUUGUCACAACCAUUUGUCCGGUUCGAUCCCACCUUUUGUUUCUCAAAGAUUAACCCGUUUAGACCUUAAACAUAACGAACUUUCUGGUACUCUUUUGCCUAUGUCGCUUCCUUCUUCUCUUGAAUACUUGUCAUUAUCAUGGAAUCAGUUUACCGGUCCAGUUGAUUUUCUGUUAACUCGGCUGAACCAGUUGAACUAUCUUGAUCUCAGCUUGAACCGGUUCACCGGCUGCAUUCCCGGGAUUUUGUUUACUUUUCCACUCACAAAUCUUCAGCUACAGAGGAAUUUAUUUACCGGUCCGAUUUUACCCAUGUCACAAGUCACUAUUCCGACGGUGGAUAUCAGUUUUAACAGGUUUUUUGGGGAGAUAUCGCCAUUGUUUUCUAAUGUGCAGAAUUUGUAUUUGAAUAAUAACCGGUUCACUGGUCAGGUGCCAGCGGUUUUGGUGGACCGGUUAUUAUCGGCUGGAAUGCAGGUUUUGUAUGUACAGCAUAAUUUCCUGACGGGGAUUGAGAUAAAUCCGACGGUGGAAAUUCCGGUCAGCAGUUCAUUAUGUUUGCAGUAUAAUUGCAUGAUUCCACCGGUGCAGACCGCUUGUCCGUUGAAAGCCGGGAAGCAGAAGAGUAGGCCUACAGAUCAGUGUGUGGAGUGGAAAGGGCAAAAGGGUGACAAAACAAACAAUAUUACUGGAUAAAAUAUGGUUGUUAAUGUGUUUCUUUGUAUUUGAUUCGUUGAUUUAUUAAUUUUUUUGGGUGAAAUUACUAUGAGGUUAAAAAAUAAAAAAGUAAAUGUGCAUAAAGGAGAGAAAAUUAGAGUAAAAGGGAAGGGGGUAGAGUGACCAUCCUGUUAUUUUUAUGUUAUGUUUUUAUGGUAAGCCAAAGUGUGACUAUCAAUUUUGGCAUUUCAUUUGGUGAUUAGCUAUAACAAUUUGUUGCUUAUUCAAUUUCUUGGAAUAUAAUUGGAUUUACAGUUGUCAAUUCCAAGGAAAUUAUCUA